UUUUUCAACCGAAAAUAAUAGGCUUAAUAUAAUAAUAACACAAAAACAUAAAAAUGACUAAAACUAUAGUUAAUAAACAAAUAAUAAUAUUAUCUGAUUAUUACCUUGAUCCAAUCAUUCUUAUUAUUUAAUUAGAUACUCCUAAUUCAUUUGCAAUUGAAAUAACUUUUCUCUAAACAUUCUUUAAAUUUAAAAAAAUUAAUAAAAUUUAAUUAAUAAAAAAAAAAAUUACUUUUAAAACAUUUUCUUAAUUGCUUAAAGAAUGUAAUAUUUCAACACCUUAAUUUAACAUAUCAUUCGUUGAUCUUUAUGAUUAUUAGAUUUCUUCUCUUGCUUAAAUAUUUAUAUUAAUUAAAUUUUAAUCUUAUGCUGCUUUAUUUUAAAUUCCGUAUAAUAAAAAUUUGUCUUUUUAUUCUCUUAUAGAUUCUAGCUUUUUUACUGAUGUUCUUUUAAGAUAUACUAUUAACUCUUUUACCUGACUUUCUAUAUUUUAAAUUUUUCUAAUUUUUUUUUUUAUUAUCUUUCUAUUUUUAUGAUACCUUUUUUAUAUUUGUUUUUAUUCAUUUGUCAUAUUAUAAUCGUUUUAAAUAUUUAUUUAUAUUAUUUAAAUAUAAUUCUAUAAAUCAUCUAUCUAUGAAUUUAUUCUUUAAGUUUCUUAGUCUAGUUAUUAUUUUACUUCCUAAUAUUAAACAGUAAAUGAUUAAGAAAUUUUUU